AUGGCGACACCGAAGAGACCGAACGGAACCAAUGACUUGUCGAGUCUAUUGCCAGAGAACGAAGAACUCGACUUCGAAGAAGACAUUCCGGAGGACUUAGUGUCGCAACAGAGCCAACGGCUGUCGAGUCAAGUCGUGAUUGUGGACAUUGAGGUCGAGUCGCAGGACAACAGUCAGAGGUCUUCCGAAGCGGAGGAACCGGUGUUGAGUGACAAUGAAUUGGCCGAAGAAAUGUCAUUUACUCAAAACGCUUGUUCUCAGCGUUCAAACAAGUCUUCGACUCAGAGAUUGACAACAGGACAGUCAAAGGGAAGACAAUCUUCCGGACAAGGCGUGAGUGGUAUCGGUUCCGCCACUACUUCUACUACAACUAUUGAAAAGGUGCCAAUCAAUGACACGACCGGUCAAUCAGGCGGUAACCCAUCGGCGGUCACUCCCGGACCAGACGAUAGAAAGGUUCCGCCGCUAAUAAUAACUUUGGACUCAAUGGGAGAAAAGAUUGAAAGUCAUCGUCGAAAGAAUCCCACGCCAAAGAAACAACCGCCAAAGAGUGGAAGUACUUUCGAAAGGAAGCAAAUGGCGAGAAAGUCGACUGGAGGUGGACACCAAUUCGCGACCAAAACCAAACCACGACAACAACUGUCGACCAAAUCUGUUCCCAAGAAAAAUGUCGAAACGGGUGCUCCGAAGAGACACCGCUAUAGACCCGGACAGAAGGCUCUUCGAGACAUUCGCAAAUACCAGAUGAAUACGGAUUUGUUGAUCAAAAAAGUUCCGUUCCAGCGAUUGGUGCGAGAGAUCGCGAGUCACCUAAGCAUCGCUUCGGAAGGCCUCCGCUUCCAGACGACUGCAUUGUUGGCACUGCAAGAGGCGUCCGAAGCCUAUCUCGUCAACCUGUUUGAAGACACCAAUCUGUGCGCCAUUCACGCCAAGAGAGUCACUAUUAUGCCUAAAGACAUGCAAUUGGCUCGACGUAUACGCGGCGAAAGUGCUAUUCCUCGCGAACAAUGA